AUGCAAUACAUAAUCUAUCAUACUCCUUGUUUCCCACGCCAGUAUAAUGUUGAUGACUUUUUACCAAGUGGCAUUAAUAGCCUUUCUAACUUACGUUAUGUGAAAUUGCCCGAGGAUUGUAGUACGUCGAUAUGUGGGAUUGGGAAGCUAAAGUCUCUUCAAGAACUGAAUAUGUUUGAUCUUAAAGAUGCGAGUGGUUAUAGAAUUGGAGAGUUGAAGAAUAUGAAUUAUCUUUAUAAAUUAGGAAUCAAUUGCCUUGAAAAUGUUAAUGAUGUUGAAGAGGCUUGUAGUGCCAAGUUAUGUGCCAAGCGGAGGCUCACAGAUCUAACCUUAUGUUGGAGUAACACUUAUUCGAGGAACAUCGAUUUAGAUGAGAACGUGCUCGACAACCUUCAGCCACCAAAAUGUCUGAGGAUUCUGAGCAUAAAGAGAUACAUGGGUGCAAGAUCUGCAAUAUGGAUGCACAAUGUCAAUCCGAUCUUCAAUCUAGAGAGAAUUGAAUUGUGGCAUUGCUUGGAGUGGGAAACUCUUCCUCCUUUCGGGCAACUUCCCUUUCUCAAGUCACUGGAAAUUCGGAACAUGCCGAAAGUAAAAUGGCUCGAAAGUAAAUUUAAUGGGAAUGAUAAAUACCAUCCCUUUCCAUCGCUAGAAGUGUUAAAUAUUGAGAGAUUAGAAGCAUUAGAGGAUUUGUUUGAGGCAGGAGUAGCUGCUGAAGAUGGAUGUUUCUUUCCUUGCUUAAUUAAACUAUAUCUAUGGAGCUGCCCAAAGUUGAAGGAGUUGCCCUCUUUGCCUCCUAAGCUCAAGAUCUUGUCCAUAAAUACUAUUGGGUGGACGACUUUGAAUUUGUGUAGCAAUUCAAAUCCUAUUCCCCUUGAAUCAUUAGAGGUCUUUUACUGUCCAAACAUUACAUCUCUUCCUUUGGCUGAUGAAAUAGCAAGACUUACAGCACUAAGAAACUUGUCAAUUAGAAAUUGCCCCAAUCUGAUCUCUCUGGGAAGAUAUCGAGAAGUGGAGACCACUAAUUAUUGCCAUCUCAUGCUCUACCAACUUACAGUAAGUGAUCCGUUGGUGUUGCUAAUGGAGCCAUUGAGAAGUAUCGCCUCCUUAAAAAGUCUGGAUUUUCUGCAUAAUGAGGAGUUGGUUUCAUUUCCAAAUGAGGCGGAGCAGUGGUUUCUGAAAGUUAGGUCUUCCCUUUCUGAGCUGUACUUUACGUGUUUCAGUUCCUUAGAGUCUCUCCCUUCCUACUUGGAAAGCUUAUCUUCACUUCAGCAUCUAACUAUUAUUGAUGUUCCUAUGCUUCGGGAAUUACCGAACCUUCCUCCCUCUUUGGAAUGUCUAGCAAUUAUUGGGGAAUGUCAUCCAGAGUUGAAGGAGCGCUAUCGAGAGGAUGGAGGCUCCGAUCGGCACAACAUUGCUCACAUUCCUCGUAUCGAUAUUCGUGAAUAG